GGAUGUGGGGGGGCAACCCCGGAAACGGAAGUGAGCGGCGGGGCCGGCUGACGGUAACGGGGCUGAGAGGCUGUUCACAGAGCAAGUGAAGAUGAAUGCCAGAGGACUUGGAUCUCAGUUAAAGGACAGUAUUCCAGUUACUGAACUUUCAGCAAGUGGACCUUUUGAAAGUCAUGAUCUUCUUCGAAAAGGCCUUCCGUGUGUGAAAAACGAACUUUUGCCCAGUCAUCCUCUUGAAUUAUCAGAAAAAAAUUUCCAGCUCAACCAAGAUAAAAUGAAUUUUUCCACACUAAGAAACAUCCAGGGCCUGUUUGCUCCACUAAAAUUACAAAUGGAGUUCAAGGCAGUGCAGCAGGUACAGCGUCUUCCAUUUCUUCCAAGCUCAAACCUUUCACUGGAUAUUUUGAGGGGUAAUGAUGAGACUAUUGGAUUUGAAGAUAUUCUUAAUGACCCGUCACAAAGUGAACUAAUGGGAGAACCACACUUGAUGGUGGAAUAUAAACUCGGUUUACUGUAAUCUGUUGUGCUGUUCAUGAAAAUAGAGGGGCUGCAUGUUGUUUAUAGUCAUCUUUUUACUGUAAUUUGAUGUACACAACAUUAAAAAUAUUGACACAUGAGAGUUUUUGCCUAAAUAGUAUCUGUGAUCAUUUGAAAUUAUUUGGGUCUUUGGUUUAUGGCCAUGUGACAGUUGAAAGCACUAAAGGGAGAUGAUUUUAAAACUGCCAAUUGUAGGAAACAACAGCCUUCUGUGUCUUUAAAAAAUUGUUAGUAAUGAGUAUUUUAAAACUAUCUACAGGCUCAAAUUCAGCCUAUUUUCUGGGUAUUCCAUAAAUUUAAUUUUGAAUAACCAUUAUCAGCGUUUGAGUCUGCAACCUUCGUAGUAGCAUCUUUCAGAAUAAACAUCUGUAAUUGAUUUCGGUGGCAACACUUCAAAUUAAGUACAGAGUAAGAUAUUUAUAUUUAACCUUGUUUCAGUAUAGCCUAUUGAUACUCAUGAGAAUAAUAUUGGAUUUAUUGAUGCUAUUUUAGAGUUGUAGCUAUUCUUUGAUUCUUUCAGGUUGAAAAGUAUAAUAAGUUCAAAGGUUUUGAUUUGGUCUUGUCUUAAAGUGAAAAAUUAAAUAAAGCAACCAGUAUAUGUUGAUUAAACUGUUGUACUGCAUAGAUUUAUAUAUCACAAGAUGAUUAGAUUGAAAAGAAAUUAGAAUAUUCAUGUACACACAAAUUCCAUAGUUAUUUAAAAAUAAAUCUUCACUGUAGUUCUUAUGAGAUAUUCUUUAUGAACCUGGUAUACAAAAAUUCGUGCACUUUAGAUUUAAUUAGUAAGUGGGUCAUCUUUCACUAAGUAAAAAAUAUUUUUUAUCAAUUUUUUGGGAACAUCUGAAUUGGAUAGUUCACUGAUUUGCAGGUGAAUGCCAUAUUGUCCCUCCCCUUUGGGGGGCCAGGGAGGGGGGUAUUUAACAAUGUGUAGAGAUGUUUUGGUUUUCACAACUUUGAGGAAGGGCUGCUGCUCACAUCUAGUAGAGGCCAGGGAUGCUGCAAAACAUCCUGAAACAGAAAAGACAAAGAGUUAUGGUCAUGUAACAAAAGUACUAAAGAAGAUGAUUUGAAAAAUUCAUAAUUUAUAUUGAAACACCCUUCUCUGUCAAAAAAGUUAUUACUGAAUAGUGUAAAAACUGCUUACAUUCAGAGUUUCCUCCAUGCAACCAAAAAUCCUUUGGUUCAAAAUGUCAGUAGUGUCAAGUAUGACAAACCUUGAAAUAAACAAUAUGAUAACA